UACAGACGCUCUCAAUGGUGCAGCCAAUUUGUUGAUAAUGGAUACGAUUUUCAGAAUUCGCACGGCACAGAUAACCUCGCGUGAUUUCUUUCUUUUCAUUUCACUCGCUUAUGAGUUGAUCUGGAUCUACGUAAAAUGUAAAGCAAGAAAGAAAAAGAAAAACCCAUUGGGAGCGUGCAGAUGGAUUGCGAUAAAAGACUGCUUCGCUUCGGGAGGGAUUACUGUGCAUUGCCACCAAACGCAAUGGUUACAGGAACUUGUCACUCCACAACUGUAAGGGCCCCAUUGCCAGCCGCACUAUCAUGACUGAUGACGAGGAGGUGACGGCACCUAAACCGGUAUCGGAUCAUGGCCCGGGUCGGGGCGAAACCCUGAGGGAUGACGAAGACGGGGGAAGAACUAGAAUUCCUAUUCCCGACCGGACUGCAUUUCGGGAAUCCGGCGGACGCGAUCCAACCCCGGAUCUGGUCUCGGAUGACGAGGAGCAGGUUCCCUAUCCUGCCGUCGCUCCCGUGGUCUUCUUCUGCGUUAAAAAGACCACGCGUCCUCGCAGCUGGUGUCUGAUGGUGGUUUGUAACCCGUGGUUCGAGUACAUGAGCAUGCUGGUCAUCCUCCUGAACUGUGUGACCCUGGGAAUGUUCCAGCCCUGUGAGUUCAAAUGGUCCACCAUCCUGCAGGUUUUUGAUGACUUCAUUUUUGCUUUCUUUGCUGUGGAGAUGGUCCUCAAAAUGUUGGCGCUAGGGAUUUUCGGGUCUAAAUGUUACCUGGGCGACCCAUGGAACUGGCUGGACUUCUUCAUCGUCGUGGCCGGGAUGUUGGAGUACUCGCUGGGAGGCCACAACGCCACAUCAGCCAUCCGCACCGUUCGUGUGCUCCGCCCCCUCCGCGCCAUCAACAGAGUCCCCAGUAUGAGAAUCCUGGUGACACUGCUCUUGGACUCGCUGUCGAUGCUGGGGAACGUCCUGCUCCUCUGCUUCUUCGUCUUCUUCAUCUUCGGCAUUGUGGGGGUGCAGCUCUGGGCCGGGCUUCUGAGGAACCGCUGCUUCUUACAGGACGAUCUGAAGACGGAGUACAACCUGUCGCACCUGAGCCCAUACUACAGGCAGGAGGAGGGCGAGGAGAGCCCCUUCAUCUGCUCCACCGCCAGCCACAACGGCAUGCUGCACUGCCAUAGCCUCCCCCCCCUCAAGCAGGACAAGGUGGAGUGCCGACUCAACGUCUCCCACCAAAACCUGGCCCUGUACGGGCUGGACGGGGCCGGCCGGAACAGCUGCAUCAACUGGAACCAGUAUUACAACCAGUGCAACCCGGGGGACCACAACCCCGACAAGGAGGCCAUCAACUUCGACAACAUCGGAUACGCGUUGAUUGCCAUUUUCCAGGCCAUAACCUUGGAAGGAUGGGUGGACAUCAUGUAUUAUGUAAUGAAUGCGCAUUCCUUUUACAACUUUAUAUAUUUUAUAUUGCUCAUCAUAGUGGGCUCCUUCUUCAUGAUCAACCUGUGCCUGGUCGUGAUCGCCACCCAGUUCUCGGAGACCAAGCAGCGGGAGAACCGGCUGAUGCAGCAGCAGCGGGCGCGCUUCCGCUCCAACGACAGCACGCUGGCCAGCUUCUCAGAGCCGGGCAGCUGCUACGAGGAGAUGCUGCGCUACAUCGGCCACCUGUACCGCAAGGUGAAGCGGCGUCUGCUGCGCCUCUACAGCAGCUGCCAGAGCAAGCGGAGGAAGAACCCCGAACUGGAGCUCAGCGAAUCGGACAUUGGCGUCUCCGCAGCCGACGGGAUAUACGAGUUCACCCAGGACCGCUGCCGUGGCAACGAGGGUCGCCCAGGGCGCUCCUGUAGCCAGCGGCGACGAGCACAGGUCCGGGACAGGAACUGCCUGGCCUUCUGCUGGGAGGUUUUCCGCAAGAAGCUGAAACGCAUUGCGAAGAGCGAGUACUUCAACCACGGGAUUAUGAUCGCCAUCCUCAUCAACGCACUCAGCAUGGGCAUUGAGUACCACCAGCAGCCUGAGGAGCUGACAGAACUCCUGGAGAUUAGCAACAUCGUCUUCACCAGCAUGUUCGCCCUGGAGAUGGUGCUCAAGGUGCUGGCCUUCGGGAUCUUCGGCUACAUCAGAAACCCCUACAACAUCUUCGACGGGAUCAUCGUGGUCAUCAGUGUGUGGGAGAGCACGGGCCUGUCGGUGGUCAGAACCUUCCGGCUCCUUCGCGUACUGACACAGGUACACUUCCUCCCCGCCCUUCGGCGGCAGUUGGAGGUGCUGAUGAAGACCAUGGAUAACGUGGCCACCUUCUGCAUGCUGCUAAUGUUCUUGAUCUUCAUCUUCAGCAUACUUGGAAUGCAUUUGUUUGGGUGCAAGUUUAGCCUGGAGACAGAGAACGGAGACACACUCCCAGACAGGAAGAAUUUUGACUCGUUGCUGUGGGCGAUUGUCACUGUGUUCCAGAUCCUAACUCAGGAGGACUGGAACAUGGUUCUGUAUAACGGGAUGGCCUCCACCUCCCCCUGGGCUGCUCUGUACUUCGUGGCCUUGAUGACCUUUGGGAACUACGUCCUGGUAAACCUGCUGGUGGCCAUUUUGGUGGAAGGUUUUCAAGCAGAGGAAGAUGCAAGAAGGUCAGACACGGACAACGAGAGAAUUUCAGCAAAUUUUGAGGAGGUGAUAAUGAGGGAGAUUCAAGCUGCAGAGCUGAAGAUGUGUGCACUGAUGAUGACAGCCAAUGCGUAUGCAGAUCCAUGUGCCAGCGUGGCCACACCCAUGCCCACGCCCAAGAGCUCCCUGGGAACAGACUCAGCCCACGCCUUUGUCGAGUCACGGCGAGGCAGCAACACGUCUAUCGACCCCACCUUUGACCAGAAGUCCCUGUCCAGCCUGUGGAGCCCCCCCGGGGGGCCCUGGGGAGCGGGCAGUAACUGGGGCAGCCGGCGGUCCAGCUGGAACAGCCUGAGCCGUGGGCCGAGCCUGAAGCGGAAGGACCCGUCGGGGGAGCGUGAGUCCCUGCUGUCGGGCGAGGGCCAGGGCAGCUCGGAGGAGGACAGCUCAGACGGUGGGAUGUCCAGUGUGGGGGACAGCGUGGUGGGAACCCCCCUGCAGCGCCGGGCCCGAUCCCCUGAACCCCCCGAGCCCCUGCAGGUCCCCAUGCCGCGCCAAGACUGCAACGGCCGCACCCAGCACCACUCCACUCAGCCUGACUGCUGGAAGGAUGAGCGGGACUAUGAGGAGGACCAGGACGACAGCUUCUGCUUGCGUAUCCGGAAGUCGUUGGAGACCCAUAAGCCCCAGUUCUGCCGUCAGCGUGAAGACUGGUCCCUGUACCUGUUCUCCCCACAGAACCAGUUUCGUGUCGCCUUCCAGAGGGUCAUCGCACACAAGAUGUUUGAUCACAUCGUGCUGGUGUUUAUCUUCCUGAACUGCACCACCAUCGCACUGGAGAGGCCCGACAUCCUCAGCACGGAGCGUGCAUUUCUCACCAUGUCAAACUAUAUCUUCUCUGUGAUCUUUGUAGCAGAGAUGAUUAUGAAGGUGGUGGCGCACGGAUUCUUUUCAGGGACGGACAGCUACCUGCAGAGUGGCUGGAACAUCCUGGAUGGUGUGCUGGUCUUCGUCUCCCUGGUGGACAUCCUGGUGUCCGUGGCAUCAGAUGGCGGGAACCGGAUUCUGGGAAUUUUGCAGGUUCUGCGCUUGCUCAGGUGAGCACGUGACCUCAGGGUGAUCAGUCGAGCUCCUGGCCUGAAGCUUGUGGUGGAGACACUGAUCACAUCGCUGCGACCGAUCAGCAACAUUGUGCUCAUCUGCUGUGUGUUCUUCAUCAUCUUCGGCAUCCUGGGGGUGCAGCUGUUCAAGGGGAAGUUUUAUCACUGUGAGGGACCAGACACGAGGAACGUCACCAACAGGUCCGACUGCGAGCUAUCAACUAACAAUCGCUGGAUCAGACGGAAGUUCAACUUUGACAACCUUGGACAGGCCCUCGUGACACUGUUCGUGCUCUCAACGUUGGAUGCAUGGGUGGACGUCAUGUACAACGGGCUGGACGCUGUAGCAGUGGACGAGCAGCCAAGGCGGAACUAUAACCCCUGGAUGCUACUCUACUUCAUCUCCUUCCUGCUCAUCGUCAGCUUCUUUGUGCUCAACAUGUUUGUGGGCUUGGUGGUGGAGAACUUCCACAAGUGCCAGCAGCACCAGGAGGAGGAGGAGGCGCGGCUGCGGGAGGAGAAGAGGCUGAAAAGGCUGGAGAAAAGGCGCAGGAGUAAGGGAGAGCCCGCGCCCGAAGCCCAGCAGCGGCCGUACUAUGCCGACUACUCCCCCGUCCGUCUCUAUAUCCACACACUGUGCACCAACCACUACCUGGACCUCUUCAUCACCUUCAUCAUCGCCAUCAAUGUGGUCACCAUGUCCAUGGAGCACUACAACCAGCCCCCGUACCUUGAAGAGGCUCUGAAAUACUGCAACUAUGGCUUCACCAUCACCUUCAUCCUUGAAGCUCUGCUCAAGCUGGUUGCUUUUGGCUUCACCAGAUUCUUGAAAGACAGGUGGAACCAGCUGGAUCUGGCCAUUGUGGGGCUUUCCAUCAUGGGGAUCACUCUGGAGGAGAUCAAAAACAGUGCGGCCUUACCCAUUAAACCCCCCAUCAUCCGCAUCAUGAGGGUCCUGCGCAUCGCUAGAGUGCUGAAGCUUUUGAAAAAAGCUACAGGGAUGCAGUCUCUGCUGGACACAGUGAUGCAAGCCUUGCCACAGAUGUGGAAUUUGGGUCUGCUCUUCAUGUUGCUGUUCUCUCUAUAUGCUGCACUGGGUGUGGAGCUCUUUGGGAAACUGGCUACAAUGAAGUGCAAUGAAGAAUUUGAGAGUCUGGGCAGUGACGCCACAUUUGAGAACUUUGGGAUGGCCUUGCUCACCCUUUUCAGGGUAUUUACAGGGGACAACUGGAGCGCCAUCAUGAAGGACAUGCUGGGGGACUGCGGCCUGCCCUACCUACGCUUCAUCUCCCCGGUCUACUUCAUCACCUUCGUGCUGAUCGCCCAGUUCCUGCUGUUCAACAUGGUGGUGGCCAUGGUGGAGGAGAAUUACAAGAAGACUAUAUCCUAUUACAAAGGAGACCAGCCCAAUCCCCAAGAAACUCACCAGUCUGGCCUGUCAGAAAACCUGACGGGAGUUGUGGGUUGACGAUUGAUUAUACAGGACUAAGUGCUGUCACAGAGAAACUGCACCCUCUACUGGCUAAUCCUGCUACUAUUUUGAAUGAAGGGGGGGAGGCCAUACAUAUUUUUAUUUAUGGCCUCCCCCCACAUCACAGGAUAAAUGUGCUUUUAGUGCAGGGGGUGUCAAUGGACAUGGACACGCCUCCCACAAGGGUUUAACAAUAGCCCAAAAUUGUUUCAUCAAGCACUGGCAGGAUUUCUAAAGCCAGACAUUUCUGGACCGGAAAUGGAAGGUUCAAUCGGAUUAAAAGAGGAACUGUCACAAGCACUAGCCCUUCGCCUUCCAGAUGCGAGAAAGCCCUUCCACUUGUGGUUCUGGGCGGGAGAACACACUUGCAGCUGUGCCUUGGGGCCGAAGCAAGCGGAUGGAAAAACUGGAACGGUGUGGUUUUACUCCGCCCCUAUUGCAGCUUCCGUGACUGGUCAGCACAGGCGCCUGAGGACAGCACAGGUGAAGGUCACGGUCCGAUGAUCCAGCAGAACCACGUCAUCCGCAAAAAGCAGAGACGCAAUUCUGAGGUCACCAAACCGGACACUCUCCUCGCCUCGACUGCGCCUUGAGAUCCUGUGCAUGAAUAUCACAAACAGGACCGGUGACAAGGGGCAACCUUGACCAAGUCCAACCCCUACUGGAAACCUGCUUGACUUUGUGCCGAGGAUGCGGACACAGCUCUCACUUUGGUCAUACAGGGACCGGAUGGCUCGUAACAACGGCCCCGGUACCCCAUACUCCCGCAGUACCCCCCACAGGGUUCCCCGGGGGACACGGUUGAAAGCCUUCUCCACGUCCACAAAGCACAGGUGGACUGGAUGGGCAAACUCCCAUGACCCCGCCAGCAGCCCCGCCAAGGUAAAGAGCUGGUCCACUGUUCCACGACCAGGACGGA